UGCCAAACUAUGACGCUGUCAUCUCUGCCAUGCUGAAGCACGGUUUGGAAGAGCUGCCCAAACACUGCAAGCUGACACCUGGCACCCCCCUCAAGCCCAUGUUGGCGCAUCCCACCAAGGGAGUGAGCGAGGUGUUGCGCAGGUUCGAGGGGGCAGAGUUCACCUGCGAGUACAAGUACGACGGGGAGAGGGCACAGAUCCACAUGCUAGAAAAUGGAGAGAUCCACAUCUAUAGCAGAAACCAGGAAAACAACACCUCCAAGUACCCAGACAUCAUUGCACGCAUGCCAAAGGUCAAGCAUGAUGAUGUCACUUCCUGUAUCAUUGACUCGGAGGCGGUAGCCUGGGACCCCGAGAACAAGAAGAUCCUGCCCUUCCAGGUGCUCAGUACCAGGAAGAGGAAGGAUGCUGACAAGGCCCCCAAGGUUGUGGAGAAGGUGAAAGAUGAGAGUGACGAGGUUCCGUCUCCCAAGAUGCCGAGGGUCACGUACAACGGACCAAACCUCCAGUCUCCUGGGGGCAUCCCCAAGAGGAAGACUGCUCGCAAGCAACUUCCCACUCCGAAACGUAAACUCAUUGAGACAAAGAGUCCGACAUCUAACGGGCACACAUCACCCACUGCGGGUGAAGAGGAGUCAAGUGCCAAGAAAGUGAAGACAGAGCAAAAGGAAGAGACGGAAGAAAAAACAGAAGAAAAGAUGGAUGAAACCCCUGAUAAAGAAGUGAAAAAAGAACUUAAGGAUGACGAAAGUGUCCAGCAAAACAAGAAGAAAAGUCCAAAGCAGAAGAAAGAGAAGCAAAGUCCAAAGUCUGCUGAGAAGAAGAAGAAGGUAAAGGAGGAGCCAGAGGAGGAAGAAAAGGAGACAGCUGGUCCUUCUGAAGACUCCAUGGAUUCUCUGUUUGCUGCUGUAAUCAGGAAGGCAGGAGAAGCAACAGCUGAAAAAAAGAUGGAGGAAUCUGAGGAAAGCAAAGAAAAGAGCACUAAAUCCUUAAAGUCACCAUCUGACAAGAAAGCAGUGAAGAAGGAGGAAGACAGCAGCAAGAAAACCAGCGCAGGAAUCGGCUCCUUCUUCUCCCCAAAGAGACCUGCCACCUCCUCCCAGGCUUCUGAUGAAUCGAGUGAGAAGAAAGCCUCCCCUAAACCUGCUGCCAAGCCGAUGUCUGCAUUCUUCAAGCCUAAACAGGAGGCUGACAAAACUGCUGGCCAGUCUGGACUGACAGCUGAGGACUACAACCCCACCAAGGCCCACUAUGACCCUGUGGAAGAUGCCUGUUGGGCUAAGGAUAAGAGGGUUCCAUACCUUGCCUUGGCCAAGACAUUUGAGGCCAUUGAAGAAGUUCGAGCCAGGUUGAAGAUUAUGGAGAUCCUCUGUAACUUCUUCCGUUCGGUGAUCGCAUUGACCCCGGAUGACCUUGUGCAGUGCGUGUACCUGUGCCUGAACAAGGUCGGGCCUGCGUACGAGGGUCUGGAGCUGGGGAUCGGGGAGACCGUGCUCAUGAAGGCCAUCGCCGAGGCCACCGGGAGGAAGAUGGCUCAGAUCAAAACUGACGCUCAGGAGAAGGGUGACCUGGGAAUAGUGGCUGAGACCAGUCGCAGCACACAGCGCACCAUGUUUGCUCCACCCAAGCUGACAGUUAGGGGAGUCUUCAACAAGCUGAAGGAAAUUUCCACCAUCAAGGGCAAUGAUGUCAUGACGAAGAAGAUAAACUUCAUCAAGGGCAUGUUUGUAGCGUGUCGUCAGUCCGAGGCGCGGUACCUUAUCCGGUCGCUAGGGGGCAAGUUGAGGAUUGGGCUGGCAGAGCAGUCUGUUCUGACCGCACUGGCCCAUGCAGCAACUCUCACUCCAGCUGGGAAAGAUGUACUUGAUGCAGGGAAGGGCAAGUCCUCAGAAGGACUGAAGAAGAUGUUGGAAGAUGCUGCACUCAUCCUCAAGACUACCUACUGUGAGAUGCCGAACUACGACGCUGUCAUCUCUGCCAUGCUGAAGCACGGUUUGGAAGAGCUGCCCAAACACUGCAAGCUGACACCUGGCACCCCCCUCAAGCCCAUGUUGGCGCAUCCCACCAAGGGAGUGAGCGAGGUGUUGCGCAGGUUCGAGGGGGCAGAGUUCACGUGCGAGUACAAGUACGAUGGGGAGAGGGCACAGAUCCACAUGCUAGAAAAUGGAGAGAUCCACAUCUACAGCAGAAACCAGGAAAACAACACCUCCAAGUACCCAGACAUCAUUGCACGCAUGCCAAAGGUCAAGCAUGAUGAUGUCACUUCCUGUAUCAUUGACUCGGAGGCGGUAGCCUGGGACCCCGAGAACAAGAAGAUCCUGCCCUUCCAGGUGCUCAGUACCAGGAAGAGGAAGGAUGCUGACAAGUCAGAGAUUAAGGUGCAGGUGUGUGUGUAUGCCUUCGACCUGCUGUACCUCAAUGGACAGUCCCUUGUACGAGAGCCGUUCCGCAAACGUCGCGAGAUGCUGCGAGAGUCGUUUGACGAGGUGGAGGGAGAGUUUGUGUUCGCCACAUUGAUGGUGUCGGGAAACACGGAGGAGAUCGCAGAAUUCCUAGACGCCUCCAUCAAAGACAGCUGUGAGGGCCUGAUGGUCAAGACUCUUGACAAGGAUGCCACCUAUGAGAUAGCCAAGAGAUCACAUAACUGGCUCAAGUUGAAGAAGGAUUACCUGGAGGGUGUGGGAGACACGCUGGACGUUGUGCCCAUCGGAGGCUUCCUGGGCACAGGGAAGAGGACAGGGAAGUACGGAGGCUUCCUAUUGGCCUGCUACAGCGAAGAGGACGAAGAAUUCCAGUCUAUCUGCAAGAUUGGUACGGGUUUUAAGGAUGAAGAACUGGAGCAACAUACAGAGUUCUUCAAGAACCAUGUUGUUGACAAGCCCAAGUCGUACUAUCGCUAUGACAGCAGUGUUGAGCCGGACCACUGGUUUGAUGCAGUUCAGGUGUGGGAGAUCAAGUGUGCCGAUCUGUCCAUCUCUCCUGUGCACAAGGCUGCUGAGGGCAUCGUUGACCCAGAGAAAGGGAUCUCCCUACGUUUCCCACGAUUCCUGCGUAUCCGUGAUGACAAGAAGCCUGAAGAGGCAACCAGUGCACAGCAGGUUGCAGAGAUGUACAGUAACCAGGACCAGGUGAAGAACCAACAGUCGAACGAGAAAUCUGAAGCAGCAGAUGACGACUUCUACUGAGACAAGUACAUCCUUUCACUGUUUUCAUAUGUUUACUCGAUCACUGUAUGUACAUGAACUUCUGUUAACCAGUUGGAUGAAUUUAUGGGUUCUUGUGAUUUCGUAUUGUCGCAUGAUUUUCUGCAGUGUUGUCCCAUUAGCCAGUUUACUUUGAAAUCCAUAAUUCAUUGUAUAGAAUACCCGUAAAGCUUUGUUUCAGCAUGUUAUUCAGAGCUACUAAGUUGUCUUGUCAAGUGAAAACUGAUAGAUAUACUUUUUGGGCGAUGGGAGAUAUAUAUACAUGUAUGGUGAUGCUUACUUAGAGAAAAUCUCAGCAUUUUGUGUUUGAAAUACAUGUAGAUGUAUACAGAAAUGGAAAUGUCCUUAGAACAUGCCUCAAUGUUAACUGUGGCACCUUUAACAUGAACAUACUUUAGACAGGCUACAAAAGGUUGUGACAUACAUGUACAUGUAGUAGUUAUCCAAAAUAGAAAGCAAACUUCACUCAAGUUCCUAUCUCCAAGGGACCAACUAAUCUGCAGAGAAACCAAGGAAAUGUUCUUGCUUUUAUUUCAGACUCAGAGUGAGAUUUAGACUCAGAAUUAUGAUAUUCAAAGUAUAUCUUGAAUAAAAGGUGUUUAAGCGUUGA